CAGGUUGAUUGUGAAAGUGAAACUGAGGCGGGAUGUUCUCCUUUCCAUCUUGGCUAACUCUCGUAUCAACAUUUUGUUAAUAUCAAAUAAUCAUAAAUAAUGUAUUCAGAAACUCCUGUGAACACAGCAGUGCUCAGCUGAAGAGAUGAUGAAGUUCAUUUGUUUGACUUUGCUGAUUAUUAAUGGAAUUACAGAUUCAAUAUCAGAGCAGUAUAAGGUAGUGGGUCCUGCAGAUCCUGUGUUUGCUGUAGCUGGUGAAGAUGUGAUUCUGCCCUGUUCAAUCAAACCCAACAUCAGUGUUGUGGACAUGAGAGUGGAGUGGUUUAGAUCUGAUCUGAAAGACUCACAACUAGUGCAUCUCUAUGAGGAUCAUGAAGACAGAAACAUAGAGCAGAUUCAGUCCUACAGAGGGAGAACAAAACUGAAUCAUCCAGAACUACAGAGAGGAGAUGCAUCACUCAAACUCUCAUCAGUCCGAGUCUCUGAUGAAGGACUUUAUAAAUGUUUCAUUCAGUCUAAAUCCCGGUCUGAUGAUGCCACUGUUAAUGUCAGUGUUGAAGUUGUAGGACGUCCUCCAGUGAUCACUGUAGAUGGGUUUGAUCAUUCAGGAGGGCUUCAUCUACAGUGUGAAUCUGAAGGUUGGAACCCUGAACCUGAUCUUGAGUGGCUGGACAGUGAAGGAGUCAGUUUGAGUUCAGAAACUACAGAGAUGCACAGAAACACAGAGGGAUUCAGUGUAAAACAUACUAUCACUUUACAUCACAGUGACGACAAGAUUCACUGCAGAGUCAAACUGAGACAUCACAUGCUGGAGGCACUGAUUAUCAGCUCAAGUAAUAUGUUUCAUUCUUGGAGGACAUCAGUCAUCGUGAUUUCAGUUUUUGUUGUGCUCAGUGUGAUUGCUGGAAUACUGAUAGCUGUGUUUGCUCAUAAAAACAGAGAACACAGUCAACUACAGAAUGAGAAGAGGAGACUACAACAUGAGCGUGAUCAACUUUUACAAAGUCUGAAGACAAUCAUACCAAAAGCUCUCACACAUUCAAGAACACACAAGGUGAAUGUGAUUCUGGAUGCUGAUAUGGCUCAUCAACGUCUCAUCGUGUCUGAUGAUGGGAAACAAGUGAGAAAUGGAAACAGAGAAACAGGAGUGAAUGGGGGAAAAGACAGAUUUGAUCAAUAUCUUGGUGUUCUUGGGAAGGAUGGAUUCUCCUCAGGGUGUUUUUACUUUGAGGUGCAAGUGAAGGGACAGACUCGGUGGUAUUUAGGAGUGACCAGAGCAUCUGUUAGCAGGAAGGGCUGGAUCCGUCUGAGUCCUAUGAAUGGAUAUUGGACUGUGGGUCUGAAAAAUGGGAAGUAUAGGGCUCGUGAGUCUUCAUAUGUCUCUCUUUCUCUGAGUGUGAAUCCUCAGAGGGUCGGUGUGUUUGUGGAUUAUGAGAAGGGCCUAGUCUACUUUUAUGAUGUGGAGUCCAUGUCUCAUAUCUAUUCUUACACUGAUCAGUCUUUUGAUGAGAAACUCUAUCCAUUUGUUAGUUUGGGGUAUCUGUAUAAUACAAACUCCGCACCACUGAUUAUCUGUGAUGAUUAAUAAUGAGAUCCGUGACUGAAUUUACAUGAUCCACUGAAAUAAACC